AUGUCUGUCUGGCGCGCAUUCAGUCAAGCCACUGCAGACAGACAGGCAGACAGACAGACAGACAGGGGGACAAGGAGAAGAGACGAAAAGGCCCAGCAGAGAGAAGAUGGUGAAGAUGCAGACUCUGAAAGGAGAAGAAGAAAGGAAGAUGGAAUACGAACAGCCAAUGACAAGGACAGCUCACAUCAGAUUGCACGGAGGAAGCUUUUCACGGAGAUCGAGGGCGAUGGAUCUCGUAUGUACUCCGUCCAUAGAAGAAUAUAUCGACUGGCUGGCGGGUGA